CAUUUGGAUUUGGUAUUACUGAAGGCCAAUAAUGACGUCAGAAGCAAUUCCACGUGUCUCCAGGCUCAACAGUCUGGUAGUUAUCUCGUCACUUUCUCUCUCUCACACUCUCUAAACCCUAGAGGAUCUUCAUUCUUAACGUGAUUCAACAAGCAAAUCACACGCAUUCUUUACAAAAUUUGAAUCACAAGUCAUCCAAUCGAUCGAGUUCAAGAUGAAUUUCUUCAAAUCUAUCUUAUCAGACGAUCUAGAGCCUGAAAAUACGGACAAUAACCGCAAUUUCAACUCCGAUUCUCCUCUAAAUCAUCAACAAACCGAAAAAUCUGAAUCUAAACACACGGAUAUGGAUUCCGCUUCUUCCGGCGAGGUUUCCGGCAGCACCGGCGGCAGUUUAUGGAGCUUCGGAGACCUAGUGAAGACUAUAACCACCAGAUCUGAAUCCGUACUCGAAACCUACCGUAGAGAUCUGAAGGAAUUCGGAUCUGGUUUGAGGAAAGAAUCCGAUUUGUUCCGUGAAGUUGCGAAUCGCGCAGUGAAGGAUCUACCGAAUUCAAUCGAGGUCGGAGCGUCGGCGAUCGACGGAGUGUUGAAAUCGACGGUGGAGAUUAUCUCGCAAGGUACGGAUGUUGUUCUAGAACCUUCUGAUGCUGAUGAUUCUGUUAAUUCCGUUAAUUCGGAAUCUGUACGGAGUUCUAGAGUGUAUAACCGUUUUGAGUCUCAAUUGAAUGCGAUUCAACCUGAUGUUAGAACUUAUUGUGAUGAUCCUGAGGAUUUAGAUGAGUAUAAUAAGUGGAAAUUAGGUUUUGUGUUGAGUGAUAUGGAAGGUGAAAUUGAGAAAUUGAUUGGAGGUGGUGGAUCUGUUGAAGAAAUUUAUAAAAAAGUUGUUCCGAAUCCGGUUGAUGAUGUAAGUUUUUGGUGUAGGUAUUUCUAUAGGGUGAAUAAGCUUAAACAGCAGGAAGAGAUGAGAGCUCAUUUCGUUAGGCGAGCGUUGAGUGUUGACCAUGAAGAAGAGUUGAGUUGGGAUGUUGAUGAUGAAGAAGACGAAACUCGUUUGCCAGAAACCGAAAGGAAACAUAAUUCUAGUGAUAAUUCUAAAACUGUAACCUCGAAUGUUGUUGAUGAUGAUCAUGUGAACAAGAAUAGUGAUGUGGCGGUUGUUAACAUGAACGAUGUGCCAAAAGUUGAUCAAAAUCGUGAGUACAGUAAAAAUGGUGGUGAAGAUCGUCUUGAUGACAAGAACGGUGUGGAGGCGGUGAAGUUGAGUGGUGGAGGCGCGUUUGAUCAUCAGAAAGUAGAAUCGGUGGUAAAAACUGAUGAAAGUCUUUCUGAUAAUCAGAAAGCCGAAUCGGUGGCAAAAACUGAUGAAACUCUUGUUUGUAAAGAAAAAUCUGGUAAAGAUUUGCAGGCGGAUGAAGAUCUGGAGUGGGAUGAAAUUGGGGAUAUUGGGGAGGAUGACGAAAAACAUGUCGUUCAAGGUGAAACCGCGAAGAAAGGUGAGUUCUUAAAGCGUGUAAAUAUUGCUGAAGAUGAUGAAGAUUUGAGUUGGGAUAUAGAAGAUGACGACGAGCCUGUGAAAACCACCAAUGCAAUGUAAUUAAGUUUUUACGAAUAUAUGCAAUAUACUUGUUUUAAUCCAUCAAUGCACAUUAUCGCGAGGUGUUUGGGAUUGCU